CUCCCACUUUUCUCCAUCCUCCGCUUCCAACACUCAAGAAAAUUUCCCAACUUUCACUUACCUUUCGGUCUCCAACACCUUCAAGCCGAAUGGCCGCCGCAGCUCCACCACCACCACCUUCCGCCGCCCCAGAACCUUCCAUGGCACCACCUGAAACCACCCCAUUAGGCCACCCUUUGUUCACCAGGAUCCGCCUAGCCACCCAUUUAGACAUCCCUUUCAUACACAAACUGAUCCACCAAAUGGCCAUCUUUGAACGCCUAACUCACCUCUUCACCGCCACAGAAUCAUCCCUCGCUUUCACCCUUUUCGACUCCCCUCCUUUCCGUUCCUUCACAAUGUUCAUCCUUGAACUUUCCUCUUCCCCCAUUCCUCCCCUCCCUUCCCCUUCCCCUUCCCCUUCCCCUUCCCCUUCUUUUACCCCCAUAGAAAAAACUUUUAACUUCGACAUCCUCAUAAACGACCCCGAAAAAGAUGCCUUCUCGGUUCAUUAUGGAAACGAUCAGGUUAUAAUCGGUGGGUUCGUUUUGUUUUUUCCAAACUACUCCACGUUUUUAGGGAAACCAGGGUUUUAUGUCGAGGAUUUGUUUGUCAGGGAAUGCUAUAGGAGGAAAGGGUUUGGGAAGUUGUUGCUCUCGGCGGUGGCGAAACAAGCGGUGAAUAUGGGGUAUGGGAGAGUGGAAUGGGUGGUUUUGGAUUGGAAUGUUAAUGCCAUCAACUUUUAUGAACAAAUGGGUGCCAAGGUUUUGCCUGAAUGGAGGAUUUGUAGGCUGACUGGUGAUGCUCUUCAAGCUUAUGAACAUGCCGAUCUUUAGCUUUUCUUAUGUGAGGUUUUUAAUAAAGAAAUGAAGGGGUUUCCUGGUUUUUAGUUGUAUUACCAGUUGGCCAAAAACUGAAACUUCAGAAGUUUCAAGUUUUUGGUUUUUUUUUUUAGUUAUAUUCCUUGUUUAAAGAUGCUAACUUUUAGUUUCAGAAGUUCUGAUAGCAAAUUUCUAUGUUGUUGUGGUUUGUUUUACUGUAAUUUUUUGCUAUCAAAAUAGUGUUUAGAGUCAUUUUCUGAAUUUUUGCAAUUCUUGAUUGGAGGAACUUAUUGGUAGCCAUACAAUCCAAUCCAAGAACUUCUCAGAACUUGUAGUUUUGUUUUCAGUUGCUGAAUGCUUUGUUUAAAAUAAAAAUGAAUUUAACCCA